AUGGCAGAUGAUAGUAGUGUUGCUUCUGGGACCCAAGUUCCCAUUACAGUGACCAAUACUAAUCAUAAUGAGUUUAACAAUACCUCUCAUCCUUACUUCAUCUCACCAUCAGACUCUCCUGGCACACUGCUAACCAAUGCAGUGUUUGAUGGGAGAAGUUUUGGUGGAUGGAAGAGAGGUAUGUGGAUAGCCUUGACAGCAAAAAAUAAAUCUGGCUUUGUUGAUGGUUCAUCCCCAAAAUCAAGUGCAGGAACUGAUAAACACAGAGCUUGGUCUAGGGCCAACAACAUGGUUAUUUCUUGGCUUUUAAAUUCUCUAUCUAGAGAAAUUUCAGAAAGUGUUCUCUAUUACUCUACUGCUAAAGAUAUAUGGACAGAGCUGGAAGCCAGAUUUGGCCAAAGCUCAGGUGAUAGGCUCUUUCAACUCCAAAAGGAGCUUAGUGACUUAAUCCAAGGUGCUUCUGAUAUUGCUUCCUAUUUCACCAAGAAGAAACGACUCUGGGAUGAGUUGGAUACCUUGGACUCUUUUUCACCAUGCCUUUGUGUUUGUUCCUGUGGAGCAAAACAAAAAAAUAUCAAGUUCAAACAAGAUGAAAGAUUGCUUAAGUUUUUGAUGGGUUUGAAUGAUACUUAUUGUGGUGCAAGAGGAAAUAUUCUCAUGAUUUCACCUCUGCCCACUGUAUCAAAUGCCUAUGCACUACUAAUUCAAGAGGAAAAACAAAGAGAGGUCAAAAACACACCUAAAUUUCCAGGGGAAUCAUCCUCUUUUGUUGCUGCAAAUGCAAAUAAUGGAAACAAGACCUUUACCACUGAUUUUAGGACACAAAGGCAAACUUAUGAGAAUAAGAAAUCUGGGAUGGUUUGUAAAUAUUGCAAGAAAACAGGACAUCUGAUUGAUAAGUGCUAUAAACUACAUGGUUUUCCCACUAACUUCAAGUUUACUAAGCAAAGUAAUUUUCAGAAUAAUGUACAAGGAAAUGUUGUCUCAUCAAAUGAUUAUUCUUGGGAAAUUUUUGCUAACAACACAGAUGAAGAUGAAGGAGUUCAGGGAAAACCCUUAUCUACUAAACAACUUGCUCAGGUUAUGCAGAUGCUGCAAGACAUGAACAAAGAUGAUCAAGGUCCUACCUCUGAAGUCACUGCAUCUGCUAACUGCACUGGGCCUUUCAAUGAAGAGCCCAAUAAUGCAGCUUGGGGAAGAACAGAAUGGCCUCUAUGUCCUCAAAGAUACAAUUCUAACUGUUCCAUCUUCUAA